CCUCAUCCCCAACCCCGCGCAUAUACAAGCCGAGACGAUGCUUGCCCGCCAAUUCGGACGAGAAACCGUCAACUACUUCUCCAGCUCCCCCUUGAACCGCCUCUCUUUCUUGCGCUCCGACCACCCCUUCCUGUCCGCCGCCCUGAAGCACCCCUCCACCCGUUUCGUCAUUCUGAAAGACCUCGCCCCGCUCACCAAAGCCCCCGCCGAGCCCUACUACGCGCGCUACGACGAGAUCCGCACCCUCGUGCCAGACACCAUCUACGACAAAUCCGAGGAGGAGAUCCUCAAGGCGUACGACUCGCGCAAGACCGUCGCCGCGCCCAUCUUUUUGGGGUUGGACGAGUCCGCGUCGUCGUCGUCGCAGCAACCACCAAAUGGCGGGGAGGACGGCGAGGGCCGGCUUGCCUGGAAGAACUACGCCGGCCGGCCGUACUUUGCUCUGGACAUCACGCCUCGAGGCUCGGAGGAGCAGCAGACGCUGUCGAAGAAGGUGAUGGAGGAGUUGGAGGCCAAGGGGUUGAAGUUUCUGCAGGCGCGGGUGGUGAUGAGUUUCCCCGCUAAUGAGGGUAUGUCACUCCCCUCUCUUCCCUUGCCUCUUUUUCUUUCGUUUCCCCGGAUGGAAAAACCCCUGGUUCGCGUUAUCCAGCGGAUGGCUGACUUUUUGUUUCGACUCCCGAGUGUAGCGGCCAUCUACGCCCAAGCCCGCGCGCUGAUCGACUGGAACACGCGCAACACCUUCUGCGGCACCUGCGGCCACCGCACGAUUGCGGUGCACUCGGGGACGAAGCGCGCGUGUCCGCCCACGGACCAGGCCCGCGUGGCCGAGGGCCUGCCGGCGGAGCGGCCGGCGUGCAACACGCGCACAACCAUCUCCAACCUCUCCUUCCCGCGGACCGAUCCCACCAUCAUCGUGGCCGUCAUCUCCGCCGACGCCCGGCGCAUCCUGCUCGGCCGGUCCAAGCGGUUCCCGCCCAACUGGUACUCCACGCUGGCCGGGUUCAUCGAGCCCGCCGAGUCGGUCGAGGACGCCGUCCGCCGCGAAGUCUGGGAGGAGGCGGGCGUCACCCUGUCGCGCGUCGUCAUCCACUCCUCCCAGCCCUGGCCCUACCCGGCCAACCUGAUGAUCGGCGCCAUCGCCCAGGUCAGCGACGUCGAGCACGAGAAGAUCAACCUGGAACAUGAUCCCGAGCUGGAGGAUGCCAAGUGGUUCGACGUCGCCGAGGUGGAGGAGGCCCUCCAGAACGGGGUGAGCGCGCUGGAGGGGGGGCCUGGCCCCGAUUACAAAGAGGGAGGGCUGCGGUUGCCGCCACCCACGGCCAUUGCCAACCAGCUCAUCCGAGCCGCCAUCAGCAUCGACCUUCUCGGCGGGGAUAAGAGUUCCAAGAUGUAGAUGAUGACUAGAAUUUCUUGCCAAGACCAUGUGUGCCUAGAUUCUUCUUCUUUCUGGGUCCGGGGUUUGUUUCCCAUGUUGUGUGGUUUUUGGGGUGUUUUUUUUCUAGAAGCGAAAUGUUGUCUGAGUCUAUAUAUACAA